ACGGGAAGAGCUCUCACUCUGCGCCGUUUUCUUUCUGCAGUAGAGUAAAAUGUUAAGUAGAAAUUCCGUUUAUCAGCGCUACAAGAAAAAGCAGCCAGUGACCAAGUCGUAGCCGCGUAUCAAAUCCUUUGUCGCCUCAUCAAACGCCUCGUGACGCCGUGCGUUUCCGGCCGCGUGACGCCUCUCGACGUGAUACACGAUCUUCGUUCUUCACACACGCCCAGCCUCAGCACCAGCGCAUCUCCACGGGGCUCCACGCCGCCGACCCCCACCCACCCCAUCGCCAGAAGCCACGAGAGGGACGAGGCCGUGGCGCUGAGGAACCUGGUUCUUCUCGCGUGGAGCAGGCGCGUCGCGGUCCGUAAUGUCUUUGGGCCCGGGCCCCCUCUCGCCAUGCCCGCCGCCGAACGCUCCCCCCCGCCGAGGCCGCUGCUUCUCCUCCUGCCGUCGUUGCUUUUGAUCUGGUGCCUGGAUGGGGCGGUGGGAGCGGCGGCAGCAGCGGCGGAGGAGGAGGGUGGCGGCCUGCCCUCCUCCUCCUCCUCCUCCUCAUCUCCCGGGGACAAUGGCCUCGCGGUCGCGGACCCCCCCGCCGCCGAAGCGACCGGCCCGGGGCGGCUCGUCAGCCCCUCCGCUGCGAUGGAAGAGCCCCAGUUUGCCCUGAAGGUCCUCGUGAAGGACCAGGUGACCCGGCAGCCGCUCCCGGGGGCCUCAGUGGACGUCUACGUCAACCACACCCUGAGGAGCUCCUCCCGGACCGGGCCGAGCGGGGAGGUUCUGCUCUGGGUAGCGUACAGUCCAGGACUCAGUCUGACUCUGCUGGGCCACAUGGGGGGCUACGUCCCCACGCCCCUCCCCUGGAGCACCGCCAAGAGGCCGAUCUUCUCUGCUGUGACGCUGCUGCUGCUCCCUCACAGUCAGGGCGACAUCUGGCUGUUUGAAGACGCCGUGCUCAUCACCGGCAAGUUCCCCGACCGCUCGUCCCCGCCCAGGGUUUGCUUCCCCAAGGACCUCCUCGCCAUCUCCGACAAGAGCAACGUCUCCACGGUGACGGCGUACCUGACCGUACCGCGGCAACACCUGGACUGCGCCAACUGCACGCCGGGCAUCGUCAGCAGACAGUCGCCAGUCAGAAGCGUCGCGCUGAAGGCGGUGGCAGCGGUCAGCGUGCUGCUGUACUCCGGCGGGGAGGAGCUGCAGGUCCGGGGGCCCAUUCAGAUCAGCCUCCCCCUGAGACACAGCUCGCGCCUGAGGGCCUCGGACACUGUGCCGGCCUGGGCCUUUAACCUGCAGACAGGAGCCUGGGAGAAUCAGGGUCUGGGGAUAGUGAAAGCUGUGGGGGAGGAGCUGGUUUGGACCUACACCGCCUCCCAUCUGGGCCACUGGAUCGCGGCCCCCCUGCCCUCGUCGAGCGGACGUGGAUUCUCCAUUGACUUUGUGUCCUACCACACGUACCUGCUGAUGGGGAUACUGGGAGCAACGCUGGCCGUAGCGAUCGCAUUCCUCUCCUUGCUGCUGUGUCACUGCAGGAGAAGUUCUCAUCGACAGCCCAGGGGGAGGAGAGCCCGUUUUUCCAAACUCAGCGUGGUGAAAAAAGACCAAACCACCUCCACCCACAUGGAAGAGGGUUUGUUGUUCCGCUCUGGCGACAACAGCCUCGCUUCCUGCAGCGUCCAGUGCGACCCCUCGUCCACGCCGAGGCACAAGGCCACCUACAACAUCUACGUGGAGGAUCCGGGGAGCCGGCCGACGGCUCCGCUCUACGAGAACAUCGCUCUGGACCGCCUCAAAGGCUCCCAGCCGCCGUCGCACUACAUCAACGGCGAGGAGGUGGCUCGGCUCCGGGAGAGGUCGGCCAACAUGAACUCUGACAGCUUCUUUCAGGAUAAGAUGGUCCAUCUUUACAGCCAGCCGGCGGCCGUUGCUCAGGCGCCAGGUGCCCAGGAGCCGCCGGGCUGCAAGGCCGCUACUUUCCCCCGCAACGGAGGCGAGUACGAUCCCCACUCGGAGCAGACGCUGCCCAAAGUCCCUCACCACCACCCCCAAGGUGGCGGCGGCCAACAGCAGGGCAGCCAAGAUGAGCCCCAGCCGCUGGAGACCCCUCCCCAGGGCCAAGGCCCCAACGGCGCUUUGUGGGGGCGCUACAACAACCUCCUGGAAUCCUCCGUCUCAGUGCCCGGGACCCUCAACGAGGCGGCCGGCCGGGGCAAGUCUCACCCGAGGGCCUGGUUCGUGUCUCUGGACGGGAAGCCGGCCGCCCAGGUCCGCCACUCCAUCAUUGAGCUCCAGAACCGCCGCCGUCCGGCCAGCAGCAACGACACCAGCCUGGACUCGGGGGUGGACAUGAACGAGCCCCUGCAGAGCAUCCGCGAGAUGGAGCGCGAGCGGCGGGCGACCAGGGCCUCCUCCCUGCCGUACCACGGCCGGGGGCCGCGUUACGGCGAAGACCAGGACCUGAGCAGCAGCGAGAGCGGCACCACGGCCACCUGCACGCCGGAGGACCCUUCCCUGAGGAACAUUCUGGACGGGAGCAGCGGGGCCAUCCCCAACAUCCCCGAGGAGCGAGACGGGAUGGACACGUCCAGCGCCCAGGAGGACAGCGAGUCGAGGGAAACCCCGCCCCCGCGCCGCCUGAGGAAGGUGAGGGAGAAGGGGAAGACGGACAGGAGGAGCGCCAAGCACGUCCGCGAGGCGAGACCGCUGACCAAGAGGAGCUAAAGCCCGGCGCUCUGAGCGGGGACACGCGCUUAUCAUCGGUGUUUGAGUGAAACGUGUCCUCCAGACCCCCUUUUUACUACUCGUGCUCACGCAGGCAUCGUUGUUGUUGUUGGGUCACGUGGUUGUACAACUGUGCCAAAGAAUUCACGCGCUAGCUCAAGAAGCACCGCGGCAUCUGUGUCACGUCGAAGCACCAUGUAGCUGCACCACGUUCUCUCAUCUUCUCGCGACCCGGAGGUCACCAGCGAGGUCACCAGCCGGUGUGAUAGAAUUUCGUCCAAUGUGGUGAGUUUGCAGAUACGGGGCGAUGUGUAGUGCACUUAUCCUCACCACCAAUGCCUGCCGUAAAUGAAAUAAGGGAGGGAAGCUCCCCCCCCCGUGUGCACAACGGAGAUCUCAUUGGGAAUGUGCGAGAUGUGGAAUUUGUGGAAUCUUUCUGCCUUCCACCGACUCCGAUGGAUUAUUGGACUAAAACGCGGUCGUACGUCGUGAAGCAAAGCUGCCAUUUCAAAAGUUAGUAAAGUUUUCGAGCCUAUUGCUCUUCUAGAAUGCAUGAAUGUCUCCUCGCGUGUAUGAAAAUAUUUAGCUUUUUACCGUCGCGCUGACUUUAGAUCCUCGUAGCCGUUUGAUCGUCUGGUGAAUGAAUGUUUCAUUUCGUGGUCCUGGAAGGAGACGUAACUAACGGAACAAUAACACGCAGCUCAGCUCAGACCCCUUAAGUUACACAUUGUCUUUCUUUUAUUUUUAACAGUGCUGUCCUUUGUGAUUGUAUAACAUUAAUUUUGUGCCUGCAAACAUCUUAAUACUUUGACAAUAAUAGAAUUACUUCCUGACUUCAUGGUGUGUUUGGUUUUCUUGAAUAACAGAGAGAUAGUUUUAAUAGAUUUUUCAAUUGGAGCUUUUUAAAAUCCAAUUUUGUACAGACAUCCCCAGAGAAUGAAGCCUGGUCUGAUUUUAUCCUUUUCAAGUGGUUUUGUGUCAAAUGUUUCAUCAACUCUUAGAUGAAUUUAUGCCUCCUUCAGAAUCAGUUCUAAUAACUUUCAUUUUCCACCAUCAUCAGCGCAACAUUUCAACACUGUUAAACCAAUUUGAAACCAUUUCUUAAUCGGAAAUAUUCAUCUUUGUUAAACAAAAAAGCCCUUCAGGGGUCAGCAGCUUUUGUCUCAAAGUCAAAUAAUGCACACUACACUUUAACACUGUGCCCAUUCGUCACACCGGCACGUCGCACCGUCAGAGUGCAUACAGUGACGUCAUCGGCCGUACCCGCGGUUUGGCAAAACAUUCACCACAAACGUAGUUUUGCUAGCAAUAUUACCCAUCGAUCUAAACGGAACUGUACAGAAAGCGUUUUGCCAUAUUUAGUCUUCCAUCAUAUUGUACAUUUGUUCACUGAUUAGUUCACUUUGUGAAGUCACAAGACUUGUAGUCACGUUCACGUGUUCUUUUGUAUGUGUGCAGUAAAGCAGCACUACGUGUCGUGGCCGUGAUUUUACUUCUUUCUUUAAUGCAAAAGCCGACGUCUCGGAGCUGCGGUGAGUGAUUGACAGAUUACGACAUCAGCUUUUUUGACUCGACAUCCCCCCGACUAGUUCAGCGCCGAUCAUUCAGACGAAGGCCGCUUUCUCCCGCUGCUCCUGAACGCAGCACACGGCUGGUGACCUCUGAGCCAAUCCGAAGCCGCUGCCGCUGUCCAGCGCAGGUCUCGCUGAAUGUACCCGCAUUGACCUGAACGUGUUCUGUCGUGUGCUCUGCUCGUGUCUCGCCAUCGGAGCUCGAUGGUUUCACUUUUUCCCUGAAUGGGCUCCGCUAGUGUUCACCUGUGAUAAUGGUAGUGUUCUUAGUCUUUUUUUGUGCACUAAAUGAAUAAACUCACUUGAUACCAA